AUGGACUCGCCCUCAUCAGUCGUGGCCUCCUACUCCUCACCGUAUGAGCGCAGAUGUCCCCCGCUCGACCCCGGAAGAGCCGCCUCUCCGCCGACACAGCACCGACGAGCGCCACACUACCUCGGCCAUUCGGCCAUUCGUAUGUCACCGCAACCACCUAUUGUUACUCCCGUCGGCCGUCGUACAAGGAGCAAGAAAACCGUCAGUUCCGGUGAAGCUCGUGGACUUCCUUGA